CUUGAUGCAAACCGUCAAAAGAUCAAUCUGUUGAUCGGAGUCUGCUGGACGCGCAGGGAGGAAGAGGAAGAGGACGAACCCGGCUCCUCAGGACCCCCAACCCUGCAGCGCGCCAUGGCCACCAUUGUGAUGGAGAGCAUUGGGCGAGUGUUCAUCAGCCUGCAGCAGAUCCGGCAGCUUCCCCGCAUGCUGACCCAAGCUGCGCCCUCCAUGCCGGGCACCUUGAGGGACACAGAGGUCCCCUUCUACUUUAGGGAACGGUACGUCCACUAUGGCUACAGACCUUUGGACCAGAAUUGGCGCUAUUACUUCCUGUCCAUGUUCCAGCGCCACAACGAGACCAUUAACGUGUGGACCCACCUGCUGGCCUUCCUGGUGUUCCUGGUGAAGUUUCACCAGCUGUCUGAGACUGUGGAUUUUGUCAGCGACUCUCAUUCGUGGCCCCUACUCGUCCUGGUCCUGUCCUCUCUGACAUACUCGGCGCUCAGCGCCGCGGCUCAUUUGCUGGGAGGCAAAUCUGAGCUCUGCCACUACUGCUUCUUCUUCCUGGACUACGUCGGGGUGGCGCAGUACCAGUACGGCAGUGCUGUGGUGCAUUAUUACUUCGCCGUAGAGGAGGGUCUGCACCAACGGGUGAGUGGGAUCUUCCUGCCUGUUGCCGCCCUCCUCAGCUGCCUGUCCUGCCUGGGGUGCUGCUAUGGCAAAUACUGCAACCACAGCCUACCGCCGUGGGUUCGUAAGGUGUGCCAGGUGGUGCCUUCAACGCUGGCCUACGUCUGGGACAGCAGUCCCGUCGCAUGGAGACUGUGGGCGUGGUCCAGCAACGACCCCGCCGUCGUCUACCACUUCGGUCAGGUGGCCUUCUUUCUCAGCUGUGCCUUCUUUUUCACCUUCCCCGUGCUGGAGCGCCUCCUGCCGGGGCGCUGCGAUUUCCUGGGCCACAGUCACCAGCUGUUCCACGUUUUGCUGAGUUGCUGCACAUGGUGCCAGAUCCACGGCUCCUACCUGGAUUACGUGGGUCGUCGGGAGUUGUACCAGCGGCUGCACCGCGGCUGGGAGGCCGCUUUUGCCGUGGGGCUGUACGUGGUCACCUUCGGUGGCUGCGCCGCCAUUGCUGCCGUAAUGCUGCAGAAAGUCAAGCAUGUUCUUCAGCCCCAAAGUAAAUCCAAAUGAAAAACGGAAAAGGGAGGAUGAGCAAGUCAUGACGCUAACCGGAAGGCUUGCUGGUCAAAGAGCCUCAUGAAAGGAUUUCUUACUCUUAACGGCAUGGAGGAAAGUUUAUUCUUAGUUAACAAAUUUAAAUUACAUUCAGGAUUUUCAUUGUUUUAAAGUAAAAAAUUAACAAUCGAUAAAUCCGAGAAGCGCACAGAGGAAUUUGAGUUCUUUUAGAGCAGCUGAUGUCUUUCGUUGCUGAAUCUGUCGGCCUGCUGAACAUACAAGAAUUUCAGAUCUGUCCAAAAAAGACUUUCACUAAACAUUUCACUUAAAAGGUUGAUAAAAACAGGUUGGUUAAUUAUGCUGUGAUUUCUUUGAUAAAAGCUUCUGGAUAAA